GUACCUGAUGUAGGAGUCGAACUGUCAGGUGGUUGCUAUGGAUUCGCAGCCAAAUACAUGCACUGGCCGGAGGAGCUGGUGGUCGGCGGUGCCAAGCAUAACAAGACGGGUCAUUUGACUCGCGCGGCCGCGCUGCAGACUGUGGUGCAGCUGAUGGGCGAACGCGAGCUGUACGAUUUCUUGGUGAAUACUUAUAGGGUCCACCACAUCGAUUGGACGCAGGAGAAAGCGGCUAAAGUUCUAGAGACUUGGCAAAGAGUAUUCAGCAAUGAAGUGAAGAAGUUGAUGGAGGUCAACGGAUCAGCACCGUACAAUCUGUACGCUUUCAGUACGACAACCAUGAAUGACAUCCUUGGGAAAUACAGCGAGGUGUCCGUAAUGAAGAUCGCUAUUGGUUGCGUGCUUAUGUUGCUGUAUGCUGGUGUAGCUCUCUUUCGUUGGAAAGAUCCAGUGCGUUCACAGUCCGGGGUAGGAAUGGCUGGCGUAAUGUUAAUUUGCGCCACAGUAGCUGCAGGAUUGGGUUUCUGUGCUCUUUUGGGGAUCCCGUUUAAUGCCACCACGACGCAAAUAGUGCCAUUUCUUGCCCUCGGUUUGGGCGUACAUGAUAUGUUCCUGUUAACGCAUACAUAUGCCGAACUGUCCGUAAACGAAGUGCCCAGCAGUGAGCAAACGGGAGUCGUUCUCAAGCGAACUGGCCUGUCGGUACUGUUGACAGGUCUGACCAAUGUUAUUGCCUUCUUCGCAGCCUCGAUAAUCCCGAUCCCGGCUCUCCGAACGUUCUGUAUGCAAGCCGGUAUUGUGCUGCUGUUCAAUUUGGCUGCCAUGCUGCUGAUAUUUCCUGCGAUGGUCAGUCUAGAUCUGCGACGUAGACGUUCCGGUAGGAAGGAUAUUCUCUGCUGCUGUUUACCGGCGUCACCCAAUUUUGGAAAGAAUAGAUACUCUGUAAAGACCAAUGGCACGGCCAAGCAAACGGUCACCAGGGCGAUACCACCUGAGAGACGAGAAACCUGUACGCAGAUUUUAACUCCGCAGAAUACACAGAACGAAUCUUGGAUAGGUGGAAAUGUCAUCGACGCGGAACUGGAUAAACAGUGCACUGAAGAAGACGCGCUGACCGGCUGUUCACAAGAUGAUUGUUUGAGCUUUUCUCUGACGCAGCUUGCGUCUCGACAUUACGCACCCUUCAUCAGUCGAACGGCUACUAAAGUGUUUGGCGUGAUAAUCCUGGUCGCUGUACUAGUUGGUAGCAUAUGGGAGGCGAUAUCCUUACGUGAUGGCCUGGAUCUGACUGAUUUAGUGCCGCAGAAUUCGAAUGAGCAUGCAUUCCUGUCUGCCCAAGCAAAGUAUUUCGGUUUCUACAACAUGUACGCAGUCACUGGUCGAGAUUUCGAAUACCCGAAUAAUCAACUAUUGUUGUACGAGUAUCAUGACAGUUUUAUGCGUAUCAAGAACGUCAUAAAGAAUGACAAUGGUGGUUUACCUGAAUUCUGGCUUAGCUUGUUCCGCGAAUGGCUAAAGGGUUUACAGGCGGCAUUUGACAAAGACUAUGAAAACGGCUGCAUCACUCAGGAGAGAUGGUUCCCGAAUGCGAGCGACGAAGCAAUCCUAGCGUAUAAAUUACUCGUGCAGACCGGUCAUGUGGACAAUCCAAUCGAUAAAACGUUGAUUACUACUUUACGAUUGGUUGACGCGAAUGGUAUCAUCAAUCCACGUGCUUUCUACAACUACUUGAGUGCAUGGGCGUCCAACGAUGCACUUGCUUACGGUGCUUCGCAAGCAAAUCUGAGGCCUGAACCGCGUCAGUGGAUUUACAUUAAUGACCAUGAGCUCAAGAUUCCUAAGAGUAUGCCGCUCACGUAUGCACAGAUGCCGUUUUAUUUGCACAGGCUCACGAAUACGCAAGAUAUCACAGAAUUGAUCAGUAGCGUCCGGGAACUGUGCAAAAAAUUUGAAGAACGCGGUUUGCCGAAUUUUCCGUCCGGCAUAUUGUUCCUUUUUUGGGAACAAUAUAUGAAUUUGAGAUCCUCCAUGUGUAUCGCUCUUGUGGCUGCAUUGGGUGUAAGCAUCUUAGUGGUUGGAUUCCUAUUAUUGAAUAUAUGGGCUGCUGUGUUGGUUGGUUUCUUUCUUCUCGUUGUUAUUGCUGAACUACUAGGCGUUAUGAGUCUGUUCAACAUCAAGUUGAGCGCAGUACCUGCUGUACUAUUAGUGGUUAGUGUGGGCAUAGCUGUCCAUUUCACGGUACACAUCUGCCUGAGUUUUGUCACCAGUGUUGGAAGCAGAAAUCGCAGGAUGCGUUUAGCUCUGGAACAUAUGUUUGCUCCGGUUGUCCAUAGUGCGUUCACUACGCUACUCGCCGUGGUGAUGCUCGCUUUCUCGGAGUUCAAUUUCAUAGUCAAUUAUUUUUUCCUUGUAUUACUCAGUGUGAUCGGUAUCAGUCUUGUGAAUGGCAUCUUUUUCUUUCCUAUUCUAUUGUCCCUUAUCGGUCCGAAAGCGGAAGUAAUUCCGAACGAUCAUCCGGAUCGUAUAUCCACGCCGACGCCACCAUCGUCGCCCGUUGUGAGAAGAUCCAAGCCACCCACACCACCGAGGAGAUCUCACAAAAUCGAUAAUGCUCGGCUGCAUGCCGAACCAUCGCUCACAACUAUCAGCGAGGAACCCAACUCGUGGCACAGCACGCAGGAGUCCUGUAUUAUUGUCCAACCUGAACUUAAAGUGGAGACCACGUCCACAUGUGGUAAUCAGAAUUGUAGCGGAUCGGAUACGAGUGGGUCUAGUCGAACGUCGCCGGUUCCGCCCACAUCACACAUCACCACUAAGGUCACCGCAACGGCAAACAUCAAGGUUGAAGUUCAUACACCGUUAACUAGUGGAAUGGAUCGUAGUGAAAAAUGCCGGCACUCGGGCAGCAAUAAUCGAAGGAGCUCGCGCUGCAAUACGAACGUUAAUGCUGGGGAGUCUUCCGGUUCCGAGCCAGAUUCAGACUCUAACGCAAAACACUAAUAACAAGUACCGGGGGGACCGGCAGCUACUGCUCAAGUACCACGUAAAGCGGGAAAACACAGAAGGCUGAUUAGGAUAGAUUAAUAGUUUUCCAUUACCUCUCUCUCUUUCUAUUUUCCUCUCUUUCUUUUCUCCUCGUCCUUACUUAGCUCUCUAUUUUUC